AUGGGUACCAAGAACAACGUGACUGAAUUUGUGUUGUUCAGCCUUUUCCAGAGCAGAGACUUACAGCAUGUGUGCUUUGUGGUCUUCUCCUUCUUUCACAUGUUCACUCUCCUGGGCAAUCUCAUGGUCAUCAUCACCAUCAGUCAGACCCUGUGUGCUCCUAUGUACUUCUUCCUCAGGUAUUUGUUUUUCGCUGACAUGUGCUAUCCACCUGCUACCACACCCAUGGUGAUUGCUGACACUUUUGUGGAGCACAAGACCAUCUCCUUCAAUGGCUGAAUGACUCAGCUAUUUUCUUCCCACUUCUUUGGUGGCACUGAGAUCUUCCUCCUCAUAGCCAUGGCCUAUGACUGCUAUGUGGCUAUCUUUAGGUCCCUGCACUAUACAGCCAUCAUGGAUCAACAGAAGUGUGGCCUAAUGGCAGGAGCCUUGGGGGUGGCUGGCUUCCUUCAUUUCAUCCUGCAGACCCUCCUCACAGUGCAGCUGUCCUUUUGUGGGCCCAAUGAGAUUGACAACUUUUUCUGUGAUGUUCAUCCCCUGCUGAAGCAAGACACCUUUGUUGUGGGGCUCAUCGUGGUGGCCAAUGAUGGCAUGAUCUCUUUAGUGUCCUUCAUUAUCCUCAUUGUGUCCUAUGUGGUCAUCUUACUGAACAUUAGAAGCUGGUCAUCUGAGGGCCACCGCAAAGCUCUGUCCACAUGUGGAUCACACAUCACUACUGUCUUUUUGGUCCUUGUGCCUCCCAUGUUCAUGUACAUUUAUCCCUUUACCACCCUGGCUGUUGAUAAACUUGUCAUCCUCUUUAACAUUGUCAUGCCACCUUUGCUGAACUCUCUGAUCUACACCCUGAGGAACAAUGAUGUAAAAAAUGCCAUGAGGAAACUGUUCAGGGUCAAAGGGAAUUUGGGAGAGAAGUGA